ACAGGACGGAAGGUGGGUGGUGCGGCGUGCCGUCAACAGUGGAACGAUGCCUUGUGUGUGUGUGUGUGUGUGUGUGUGUGUGUGUGUGUGUGGGAUGAUGAGGGAAGGUGUGGUGACGCAUACAGUAGAGCAACUGUUCCCGAGUGCGAUUUGCAAUUUGCAUCAUUCCAUGCAUUCCGUGAUGCAUCAACUUGAAGGUUGUCAACAAUGGAAGCUCGUGCGGAAUGGCAGGUACCUCUUGCCAAGAGUUGAGGUGCUCCAUUGAGAGAGGGGCCGCGGAAGGAAUCAACGGGAAGGAUGAGAACCUAACCUCGAAGACCUGCCUCGGGGAGUCGGGGAAAGGAAAGAGGUAUUCGUGCCUUUAGACUUAGGUAAGCACCCAGCGUGAAAGGAAGAAGGGGGAAAAUCAGAAGGAACCUGGCACGCAUGCACGCCUGACUUGUUAUUGUUGUGUCCGCUUGCGAGCUGCCACACUUGCUUGCCGCCUGAUG